AUGAAGAGAAACUUCGAAAUUCUAUUCCUGUUAUUGCUAUCGAUCACAUUUUGUGGUAAGUUGGUUAUCGAUGGGAUACACCGUAAUGUUUACUGUGUUAGGUGUGCUUUUAUUGCUAUAUAUAUAUAUAUAUAUAUAUAUACAAGACUUUUGGAACCUGGGCCCGCUGCGCGAGCAUCAAAAGUGGCUGUGCCCCUUUUUUUCUUAUAAUGGACCCAUUCACUCGAGUAAAAUACCAAGAAAAACCGUUUUUUUACUCGAGUGAGUAAGUCCAUAACUGUUCGAAAGUUUACGUGUGUCAUUUCUCAAUUUCUCCUUCGCAACUAUUUUCGUUCUAGAAAUGAACGUGGGGACAGACAAACGGAGAAGUAAAAAAUAAAUUUUUAAAAAUAAUGCGAAUAACGAAUAAAAGUUAAGAUUAUCGCGCUAUGUCUAGAGUUACCUAGGGGGAAGUAAAUUGCACAGGCUUACUUGAUAUUCGGAGGAUGGGUUAGAAAAAAAAACGAUUCAAAUUGACAUUGACAGAAAAAACUACUAGUUAGGGUUGCAGAACAAGCGCCUGUUUUCGCCUGUUUUGCAAUUUUAACGUGGAAAUUUUGCAAAACAGGCGAAAACAGGCGCCUGUUCUGCAACCCUACUACUAGUGUUUCGCACGAUGGAGUUCUAAAAAAGAACGGUACAAGAGCUAGAAGAAAUCAUUUAUGAGAGAAUUAGGGCAUUGGAUCAACAUGAGACGGAGUGAGGAAUAAGAAGAUUACUUAUAAUUAGGAAAUCAUGCUCUAGUGGGUGCAAGAUCGAUCUAUUGGCGGGUUCCAAAAGGAAUCGUAAGUUCCUGCGAUUGAAAAGAUCCUGUUACGUCGUGUAGACGUAUGAUAAUUAUUUAUGAUCUAUGUCUAUUGAUCUCUAUUGUGAUCUACCUUAGUGAUCUCCCCCCGCGUUGUUUUAUAUUAAAUUUGUCAUCAUUCGGGCCGCCCUCCCUCUGAGGACGAACCCUCAAUUCAUUCUAUUUAUUCUGCUUACCCAGCUAAGGUUUACUGUCGCUGAAUAAACCUUUAGCCGAAACUCUUGUCUAGUGUGCAUCUUCCUUACCAACGCGGUGGAAGAUUCAAGAACUACAACAGAUCCUCUCUUCAGAUUCGGCUAAAAGAUGCUACUCCGGAUCCAAGGACCGUUAUGAAUCUCGGCAAUGCGACACAGGAGUUGACGGGUCGUUUGUAUGUCAAAAGUUCACGUGCGAAGGAGGGAAAUGUGAGUCAUUACUAUAUUUUUCCGAUUCGCAUGUUCAUGUCCCCAUCCCGCCCGUUCCGUGCAUCAUUGUUGCGUUCCCUUUUCAGCGCCAUUUGUUCUGCGGACAUGUGCAUCAAAAAACAUCGGUUGCUUGGCUGGUCCGGCAAUUUGCAAGUUCUCCAAGGGAACAGGAAGUUGUUCUCGUUGCGAUGGUGACAAUUGUAAUGCAUAG